AGCGUGGCCAGAAGCCCAGACACCAUCUACGACGUCGUUUGCGCCCCCGCCACGUUCUUUAAUUACCGUUGAGAAACAUUUUCUUAUUUUCUUUAUUUAAUUAAUUAAAUUUAAUCCCACCGACCGGAGGCGCCCUUUCAACCGUUUAAACCCCAUUCCCAAAGAUUCCCACCACAGCCAGCCAUCAUCACUCUCUCUCUCUGCAAGUGAAAGAAAAGCUUCAAUCUUGAAUUGAUGAUAAGCCGCCAUUGCCCAUUGCCCAAUUCCUCCAUAGCUCUUACUCCUCCAUGUCCAUGACAAUGCCGCCAUUGAAGCUCUUCCUUCCCUUCCUCUUCUUUGCUCUCUUGGCCUCCUCUGCCUCCUGCGACGACGAAGACAGCAGCUCCUUCAGCUUCCCCUCAUUCACCUCCCUCUCCCUCCAGAACCUUACCCUCCUCGGCGACGCCUACCUCCGGGACGGCCUCGUCGGCCUCACACGGGACGUCUCCGUCCCUUCCUCCAGCUCCGGUUCUGUCGUCUACCCUUCCCCGCUCCUGUUCUUCGACCCCGACUCCAACACCACUGCCUCCUUCUCCACGCGCUUCACCUUCUCGGUCACGUCCCCGAACCCGAACUCGUUCGGGGAUGGCCUCACGUUCUUCCUGUCACCGGAUAACGAGACCCUCGGCAGCCCUGGCGGGUUCUUGGGUCUCGUGAACUCGUCCCAGCUGACCAAGAACCGGUUUAUAGCGAUCGAGUUCGAUACCAGGCAGGACCCGCAUUUCGGGGACCCAGGCGGGGACCACGUGGGGCUGGACAUCAACAGUCUUGAAUCGAUCCAGACCGCCGACCCUGCCCUUCAGGGGAUCGAUCUCAAGAACGGGGACUCGGUCACUGCCUGGAUCGACUACAAGAAUGACCUGAGGAAGCUCUUGGUGUUCUUGAGCUACACGAAUAAGAAGCCCGAUGAGCCCCUCUUGAGCGUGAAUAUCGAUCUUUCGCCGUACCUGAAGGAGUUCGUCUACCUGGGAUUCUCUGCCUCAACUGAGGGAAGCACCGAGCUACACUGGAUCGAGAGUUGGAGCUUCGAGACGUUCGGGUUCUUGCCAAUGAGGCCCAAGUCUCACCCUCACAAUGUCUCUGAUAGCUCUGUGAUCGUACGGCCCCCGAUCUCGGUCCCAGAAUCAGGGAGCGAGCACCGCAAGAGGCUCGGGCUCGGGCUUGGGAUAGCUGGCCCAGCCUUCUUCUGUGCAGGACUCCUCGCAUUCGGUUACAUCACAAUACGGAAGUGGAGGAAGAUCCAGACAGUGAAGAGCUUCAAAGCCGAGAUCAUGACCGGCCCGCGAGAGUUCUCAUAUAGGGAAUUAAAGUUUGCUUCCAAAGGGUUCCACUCGAGCAGAAUCCUCGGGCAUGGAGCGUUCGGGACUGUCUACAAGGCCUACUUCGCUCAUUCGGGCUCUGAAGCAGCUGUCAAAAGAUCGAAACACUCCCAUGAGGGAAAGACGGAGUUUAUGGCCGAGCUUUCGAUUAUAGCUUGCUUGAGGCACAAGAAUCUCGUUCAGCUCCAGGGCUGGUGCGUCGAGAAGGGGGAACUCCUCCUCGUGUACGAUUUCAUGCCGAACGGGAGCCUUGAUAAGGUGCUGUACAACGAAUCACAGGAUGCGCUUAACUGGAACUACAGGCAGAACAUCGCUAUCGGGCUUGCUUCAGUUCUUACCUACCUUCAUCAGGAGUGCGAGCAGCAAGUGAUUCAUCGGGAUAUAAAAACGAGCAAUGUGCUGCUUGAUGGAAACUUUAACCCGAGACUUGGGGACUUUGGGCUCGCAAGGCUAAUGGACCAUGACAAAAGCCCGGUCUCGACCCUCACAGCGGGAACAAUGGGUUACUUAGCCCCAGAGUAUCUCCAGUAUGGGAAAGCCACCGAGAAGACUGACGUGUUUAGCUACGGAAUAGUAAUCCUAGAGGUGGCCUGCGGGAGGAGGCCGAUCGAGCGGGACCAGGGGAACCAGAAGAUGGUGAACUUGGUGGACUGGGUCUGGGGUCUCCACUCAGAGGGGAACAUCAUCGAGGCGGCUGAUAGGAGACUGAACGGGGAAUUCAAUGUGGAGGAGAUGAGGAAGCUUUUGCUUGUCGGGCUGAGCUGUGCUAAUCCUGACAGCGCAAUGAGGCCCUCAAUGAGAAGAGUCCUUCAGAUGCUCGUCAACGAGGCGGCCCCGCCAACCGUCCCGAGGUCAAAGCCGAGCUUAUCUUUCUCCAACAGCUUGCCUUUAGCUCUCGAGGAUAUAGUCUCGGAGAGCGACAAUGAAAAAGAGGAAGACGAAGAAGAAGGAAAUUUGAAGGCCCCGUGCAGUGUCCUGUGCCAGAUCAGAGUCGACUGAGGCUCGAAAUUCGUUCAUUAUUUCAUUGAUUGAUUUGCUUGGUUCUCGUUUUCCUUUUUGUGUUAGUGUUGUUUGUCCGAUCGGUUGAUUCAUUGAUUGAUUCCUAGUUCGGCAGUUCGCUGGUUUUGAUUCUGGCAGCCUCAGUUCAAACUGUUCAGUUGAACUACUGUUUCCGUUAUACCGAAUUCUUUUUGUUGUUGUUGUUUGUUUAGUUGGCUUGCCGGCAAAGGCAUCCCGGAUCAAAGAGUCGGGUACACUGUUCUUGUAUACAAAAAUAAAACAAUCUUCUUCUUCCGCC